CCAAACUAAAAAAAAAUACAUCUAUCCGUUCACUCUCACUCCACCUGUUUCAUUGCAAAAUCAACAACACUCAUCUAACGAACGAAAAUGGAGGCUCUGGUAUGCAGGAAGCUCGGUGACCCAACAACACCACCAGACUCAUCGGAAAGCACCGCCUUAACCAUCUCAAAAUCUCACCCUAUCCCCACACUCACUUCCCCCACUUCAAUUCGAGUUCGAAUCAAGUCAACCAGCCUCAAUUACGCAAAUUACCUUCAAAUUCAAGGUAAAUAUCAAGAAAAGUUCCCUUUACCCUUUGUUCCUGGAUCCGAUUACUCCGGUGUCGUUGAAUCUGUUGGCCCCAACGUCACUAAGUUCAAAGUCGGCGAUCGUGUUUGCUCCCUUGCUAAUACUGGCACUUUUGCGCAAUAUAUUGUUGCGGAUGAGAAGGAUUUGUAUGGUGUACCUGAUGGGUGUGAUUUGGUGGCUGCUGCUGCACUUCCCGUAGCGUAUGGAACAACUCAUGUGGCAUUGGUUCAUAGAGCCAACCUUAAACCUGGUCAGGUAUUGCUAGUUCUUGGUGCAGCUGGAGGUGUUGGUCUUGCAGCUGUUCAAAUCGGGAAGAUUUGUGGUGCUACUGUCGUUACUGUGGCUAGAGGAACUGAGAAAGUGGAGUUUUUGAAGUCAAUGGGCGUGGAUUAUGUUGUUGACGUGAGCAAGGAAGGUGUUAUUGAAAGUGUGAGGGCGUUCUUGAAAACAAAAAAGCUGAAAGGUGUUGACGUUUUAUAUGAUCCUGUUGGAGGCAAGCUUACGAAAGAAAGCAUGAAGUUGUUGAAUUGGGGGGCGCAGAUUUUAGUUAUAGGGUUUGCGAGUGGGGAGGUCCCUCUUAUUCCUGUUAAUAUAGCUCUCGUUAAGAAUUGGACAAUUCAUGGACUCUAUUGGGGGAGCUAUAAAUGGAAUAACCCAAGUAUACUUGAAGACUCUUUAAAGGAGCUGCUAUCUUGGUUGGCAAGAGGCUUAAUUACCAUCAACAUUUCUCGUUCAUACAAGCUCCAACAGGCCAAUCUUGCAUUUUUGGAUAUCAGGGAUAGAAAAAUUAUUGGGAAGCUGAUGAUUACUUUUGAUGAUCCCAAACCCAUAACUUCUAAGCUCUAGACCAGUUUAUGAAUUACCCAGACGGUGUCAAAACUCAUGAUAUUUCCAUAGAAAAUUGUGUGAGUGACAACUAUAGUAAUAAUAAUUGAGAGCAUGUGUAAGAUGUGUUUUUCUAAGUUCAUGUAGAAGAAUGGAGUGCAUAAUAUAUGGUUUGAAUAUGCUGUUUAUGCAAAUCUGUAUGGUCGAACCAAAACGCAUAUUGCUUUCUGGACCGGAUAUUUAUGAUCCUCAUGUUCUGAUGUA